GGUUUUUGUUGAUUUAAUUUCAGAAAAAUUUGACGUAAACGUCAUUAACAAAUUAACAAUCGGGAAGAAUAUACAAGGAGGUUUACCAAAAAAAAAAAAAAAGAAUAUACAAGGAGACGGCCCAUCUCCUUCCGCAACACAUGCCCAAAAUAGCAGUACGUAGCAGGGCCCGAUGAGGUUCACUGGUGAGGGUAUAAACGUCAAUUUACGGACUAAAUUCAAAUUCGCUGUGUCCUUCGCGCGUGUAUAUGUGUAUAAUCCCUGCGAAAAGAUUUUAGAGCUCCUACCAAAUUUGAAUAACCUCUUUUCUUAACAAACUAGAGAGAUUCUCAGAGAGAGAGAAUGAGGAAGAGAGCCGGGGAGAGAGAAGAAGAGAGCAGAGGGAAGAAGAGAAUGGAAGAGAGCAACAGCCAGAGGAUCGGGAAAAGACUGAGAGGAAGCAGAGGCAUCCAUGGCUGCGUUUCUCCUCGGUGUUCUGCUUACUCGCUCCGAUCCAGCUUCUCAUGGUUUGAGCAGGAUAUAUGGACAUACAUUGCGAGAUUUUUGGAUGGCAAAUCACUGGUGAUGCUGGGAGCGACAAGCAAAUGGUUCCAUUUGGUCGUUAUGGACAAGACUGUUUGGAAGUUUGCGUGUCUGCGUGAUCUUCAGGUCCCCAAGCCAUAUCCCGUUUCUUUCAGCUGGAUCAAGAUAUAUGCUUCAGCUUUUGAUGGAAGUCACUCUUAUUUGUCCCGCCAGCAGGAAAAACAUAUUGAUUGGAUGCGGAUUGGUGCCUUUACACUCGACUCUCAAGUAUGCCUCCUGACUGAGAAUCUGAGAGGUCUGAGGAUUCCAAAGGAAGGAACGAUAGACCGGAUGUUACAAUCUUGUGGUUCAUGUGUUAUUAAAAAAAUUAAAAGAGGUAUUUGGAUUGCAGAUCUACAGCUAGUUCGUUGCCCUGUUUGUGACCUCAGCUCCUGUGAUGGAACUAUGCAGACACUGGAUGCUAGACACAUAGAGCUAUUCCUUAACGAGGGCUACAAGGAUGGUAGCUGGGACUACAAUCUUAUCGGAUCUCACAAGAUCCAGAAAGACGUCGGUGCAGCUUGUGGAGCCAUUUUUGAUCUGAAACACCUUAAAGAAUCUUCUUCCUCCGGUGUCCUCGACCUCAAGUCCUGGACCGGAAACUCGAACGAUUCUCAACCCAAAGCAGUUAUCGCUCACCAUGCUGUCGCGGUUCACACAAGAUUGCAAGAAAACGAAGGAAUUCUUGUGAACUAUCACACGAUGAGAGCAGGGAAAGACGGAGACGUUGUUUCCAUCAGAAUCUCCCAGCAGCUACUUUGAUUCUUCUCAUAUAAAAAAAAAACUCGAAGUUUUUGGUAAUGGUAUGCAAAUUCUUGCCCCCUCUAUUGUUCUUCCUCUUCAACCUCAUCCCCAGAUACAUAACUGUAUCCAAAAGUUAUAUACAUUCGUCCUUGUUGUACUUUUUCAAUGGCAUUAAAAGACUGCAAAAUUUUUUU